CAGCGUUCUUACCGCCAUGGACGGGCUCCUCAAAGAAAUAGCCAAGCUCGAGAAGCUCACGUCUAACUCUUCCGCCGUUAAUAAGAGUAAAUCUCCUGCUAUCAACGAUUCACUCGACUCACUCCUUCAGACCCUCUUGGAGCAGAAGGCCAGGAUCGAGCGCGGUGCCUCAUGCCCCGAAGCUCAGUUCCAGGACUUGUCGAAGACGAUAGAGCAGAGGAAGAAGGAGAUUGAUGAUAGGCAGAAGGAGGUGUAUAACUCGUUGGCGAGGUAUGGGAAGGCUUUGGACAAGAGAUUCCCAAACCCUCUACCAACUUAUAACCCGCUGUUCACAAGCCGGUCUGCAGAGAAUGCGCUGGAACAUGUUAUCGCCAUGCACUUUCUCCGCUCCGGUCAGUUCUCGACGGCAGAGACGUUCAUUGAAGAGUUUGGCGUAAAUAUUCCAACUGAGCGUCAAGCCGAGUUUAUUGACUUGCAUCGUAUUCUUCUCGCUCUACGAGACCACAACACCGAGCCUGCGUUAGAAUGGGCCCGGAGGAACCGUGUGUUCCUCGAAUCACGAUCCUCAUCACUGGAAUUCUACCUCCACCGUUCCGAAUACAUUCGCCUUCUCCUCUCCUCACACCCGCCACAACCUGCACUGGCAAUAGCCUACGCUAACAAAUACCUUCGACCCUUCUUUCACACUCAUGCCACCGAAUUUCAACGCCUCCUAUCCUGCAUCAUGUACCUCUCGAGACUGGACAAGUCACCGUACGCUGACUUGGCAUCACCCACGGUGCAUUUUGAUUUGGAGCCGAUGUUUGCGACGGAGUUUAGUGCGAGCUUAGGCAUGAGUAAGCAGGCCCCUCUGAGGGUCGUGGGUGAUGUGGGUGGUGGUGGCGCGCUGGCGAAGAUCGAGAAGGGGAGGAGGAUUAUGAGGGAGAGGAAGGGCGGGUGGAGUCAGGCGGAUGAGCUCCCGAUUGAGGUACCGUUACCCCGAGAGAAUCUCUACCACUCGAUCUUCGCAUGCCCGGUCUCGAAGGACCAGUCGACGGAGCAGAACCCGCCCAUGAUGAUAAAGUGCGGGCACGUCGUCUCUAACGACAGUUUGCACAAGCUGAGCAAGGUUGACGGGCGAGUGAAAUGCCCCUAUUGCCCAGUGGAGUCGACUCUGGGCGGCGCGUUGCGAGUACAUUUUUGACCUGUUUUUAUGUUUUCACAUCUCUCCCUCUAUUCGUGUAUCUGUCUGUAACACUACAUAUCCCAUCUGUAACAUGUACAAUCACUAUCACUCAUUUGAUCCUGG